CUUGUAACAGUUGAGCUGUAGAUUUGUGUGUUUACGCUUCGUGUUGUUGAGAUGACGUUGGCUGAAGCUAAAGCUGCAUAUUCAGCUGGUGAAGACUACCGCCACAGAAAGAAUUUUAAAGCUGCGGAGGCAUCGUAUCGGCGUGCCGCCCAGCUAUUUCACUCAGCCGGCGGAAGUCUCGUUGACAGAUCACGUGCGCUUCAUCAGGUGGGAUAUUGUUUAUUUGAGCAAAAGAAUUAUGCAGAAGCAGAGAAGUUUCUUAAUGAAGCGUUGGUCAUCAGAAGAACACUUCCCCCUCAACAUAAACCAUCUCUUGCUGCCACUCUUCAUACACUGGGAUAUUGUUUGAGUGAGCAAGCUAAGCUUGAUGAUGGAGUGAGAUAUUUGAAAGAAGCCAUUGAGCUGAAACGUACUUUGAACAACAAAGAGGAUACUGCACUGAGUUUAUUUACGUUGGGUGUCUGUCUGGUCAAGAAAGGCAGUCCUGUCGAUGCUGAAGUACUACUUACAGAAGCUGUAAGCAUCUACAGGACUGCCUUUCCCGACAAGAAAUCCACCAUUGCUAACGCCUUGGGUUGGUUGGCAAGAAGUUUGAUGGACCAACAAAAACAUGAUGAAGCUAUAAAAAUUUAUGAGGAAAAACUGGAAAUCGAGAAACAUUUACCGCCUGGUCGUGAAACCAUUAUUGCAACAGCAAGGGAGAACCUGAAUCUUUGCAAGGAAAAGCAAGCUGACGCUGCAAAACAGACGUCUGAUCAUCAGCAAGCUGUGCAGAAUGAGCAGCGUGAAUUGACCGUAUCUGUCUCACCUGACAGUCGAUCAUCACAGACCCUCAGAAGAGAUCCGGACGAUGAUUUAGUGGGGCAACUGAUUGGCCAAGUUGAACAGUUGACAGUCGAGAAAGAGGCAAGUGGGUUGCAACAGAGAAUGAUGAGAGAUGAACGAGACGCUGCAACCAGGAGAGCAAGCGAACUAGAGCAAGAAGUUAGGUCUUUACGAGAGGAAAUUGCAUCUUCUCUUGAAGAGAAGAACAAUGAGAUAGAUAGUCUACAGCAGAGAGUCGAUACUGAACGGCAAUCGAAGGAGACGUUGAUGAGGGAAAAGGAACGUGUCCAACGUGAAUUGUCUGAGAAAGAUCGAGAAGUGAGACACUUGAGUCAACAGAAGAGUGAUCUUGAAGUGCGGUUGAGUGCUGAGGCAUCAGUCAAUGCAUCACUGAAUUUAGAAGCGUCUGCUGCGAAGGCUAACAUCAAUGAACAGCAAAAAGAGAUAGAUCAUCUCAAUUAUGAAAUCGAGAAUCUCCAAUAUCAGCUGAACGAAGAGAGAAGAGAGAGAAGAGCCGUUGAAGAACAGUUGACGGUUCAAAACAUUCAGAAUCAACGAGGAAGGGAGCGCGUUCUAACUAUCCCACCGUGUGACGUUCAGUCGAGUGACCAGACUUUAGGAAAUGGAUCGUACGGAGCGUCUGCUACUAGUUCUGAUGUCAAUGAACAGCAAAGAGAGAUAGAUCAUCUCAAUUAUGAAAUCGAGAAUCUCCAGUAUCAGCUGAAUGAAGAGAGAAGAGAGAGACGAGCCGUUGAAGAACAGUUGACGGUUCAAAACAUCCAGAAUCAACAAGGAAGGGAGCGCGUUCUAACUAUCCUACCGAGUGACGUUCAGUUGAGUGAGCAGACUUUAGGAAGUGGAUCUUACGGAGUUGUUCGUAUUGGGUGGUGGCGAAGCUGUCCUGUGGCUGUCAAAAUGCUUCACAAAGUGUUCAUCGACGUUCCUCACUAUAUCCAUCUUCUGCAGCAAGAAGUGUCGGUGGCAUGGGCAAUACAUCAUCCGAAUAUUGUCGCUAUCUGGGGAGUUACUCUUCAAUUGGAAGGGAACAAGAAAGAAGCGUGGGUUAUCAUGGAACUACUGCAGGGUUCGAUGUCGGCUGUGAUGAAUGCAUGCAAAGAUGACACUCGACCGCUGACGUUGCGUGAAAAGGUGGACAUGGCAAUAGAUGCUUGUCGAGGACUAGACUACAUUCACUCGUUGCCUGUCGCCAUCCUUCACGGUGACAUCCGUCCAUCCAACGUGUUGGUGACCGAGAUGAUGACGGCCAAGCUGGGAGACUUGGGAGCGGCUCGCUUCGUCGACGCCAAGCUCUCUGCUGGCCCUAUGAGCGCAGAAUACUCGCCACCCGAACAAGUAAGUGGCCGCUUACCGCGCAAAACCAAGGCGACGGAUGUCUACCGUCUGGGUAUAAGUCUCUGUGAGUUGUUUACCGGUGAGCCUCCGGGUCUGCGUGAGCGCCGACUCGCACAGAUCAGGCGUAUCAGCGAAGACACCGUCCGCACUUUGUGUGCCGAAAUGGUGAAAGAAGAUCCUCACAAGAGAAUAUCUGCCGCGUACGCUCUUUCUGCUCUCUGCCGUGUUCGCGAGACCGUCAAGUACAAAGAAUGCCGUACCAAGAGAAUGGUGAAAGGAGGAGCAGAGGGCGUGGUUACACUGACUUACACUACGUGGUGAAGAAGGGAACUUUAGUAAGGAUUUGCAUUGUAUUCCUUAAUUUUAGAACUAAUAGUUGUAGUGUGAUUACUAACUGUUUGUCGUUGUGUAGUAGUUGCCACGUACAUUUUAGUGAAAUUAUUUGCGGUAAAUUGUAUUGUAAGAGUGCAGGGGGACGUUUUGUGAGCUUUGGUAGUAAUUGCCUAAUCAGUAGGAAAUUUAUUAUUGCCAAUCAGA